ACGCUCUCACAUACAGGAAGUAAACAUUGUAUGACGCACUCGGAGUCGGGGAGGUCAGGAGCUCAUACAGGAAUAAUACAAUAAACUUUAGGAGUAACACGGGUGGAAAUGACAACGGAAAUAAUCCACAGAUUUUAAACAAGUGAAUGAAUUGUGAAUGUCUCGGGUAUAUUUAGAUCUCGGAUAUCGGUGACUUCGCUGCGUUAUAUAAGCUUGUUAUUGAGCUAGCUCGAGCAGACGGGGAAUACCCCCCUGCACUGGCUCUACUAGUCCUUUCAUUUUCUCUUUGCCUUUAGACGUGAUUGUGCUCUGAUAUUACAGCUUUAGUGUGGGGGAAAAUGGCCGAGCAGGACAUUCAGACGAGGAUCAUUGCAAUGCUCAAACAGGAAACGAUUCAGCUCUGGAUUCCUCCUUAUACUACAGAAACUGGUGAAGCUGGGCAUGAGCAAAUGCAGGAGCUCGCUGGGAAAUAUUCCCAAGUUUUGGGAUUCCCCCAGCCUGAUAUGGAGACCGCUUUGGAGGAGAUAAGAUUACAGGCUGUGAGAAGAGGAAGCGGAAACAAAACUUUCAAGGAGACAAACAUUGCAAAUCUAGAUUUCAUUCUACCUAAAAAGGGUCAUAAAAGGAGACACAACAUAAAAUCAAAACUGGAUAUUACUGCUCAGGAUCUCAUAAAUAAGAUAAAAGAGGAAUGUGAACUCAAACACAUAAAGCUGAUUGUUAAUGGGAAAGUUCUGUCUCCUGAUAAGCGGCUAGAUGAACAGAAUGUAAAGAACAACAGUAAAAUCAUGGUGCUGAAGUUAAGUGAACCAGAAAUAAAAAAAGAGAUAAUGGAGGUGGAGGAGAAGAUGCGUUCUAAUGAAGAAAGUGUGCAAAGAGUUCAAAAAGGUUUUCAGAUCCUCUCAGAAAGAGAUGGUAGUGAGGAUCCAAUGACAACUCCAUUUCUGGAGAUUGCAGAUCAGAAAGGCAACCCCAUCCAAAUCCCACUUGAUAAGAAAAAGGCACUUAUCCUUGCUAUGGGCUUCCGAAAAGGCAGAGCCUUAAUGAAGCAGAAGGAAUAUAACGAAGCUCUUUUUUACCUUCUUCAAGCAGAAGACGAGUUCAGAAAAUGUAAUUCUGCGCUUUUGACCACGGUGGAUAACUAUGCAGUGCUGCAGCUGGACAUUGUGUGGUGUUAUCGAGCUCUGGAGGCACUAUCCUGUUUGACUGAUUGCAAACAGAGACUGCAGCAAGCUGAGAAUUGCUUCCUCAAAUGCUAUGGAGAAGGGCAGACGAGACUGCAGAAAAUCAAGGGGAAUACAGGUGGAGAGGGGGUUCUGUUUCUCAGGCUGUAUCUUCUCCAGAGUCUGCUGGUGUACCUGGAUGGCAAAGAGAAUCAAGCGAUUACAAAACUCAAGCAGAGUGAGGAGCUCUACAAUCAGCUGUCUCUGGAUCAAGAGAAGAUGAACCAGCUGCUGAGUAUGGGCUUCACAGAGCAAGAUGCACGCCUGGGUCUGAGAGCCUGCAGAGGCAAUGUGGAGGCUGCUGUGAUGCACAUCACUCUCAGAAGAGCUGAGCGGGAGGAGAUAAAGCAGAGGGAGAGAAAUAAGAGAAGGCAGCGGCUGGAAGCCAUCAACACCCUCGUCGAGCUUGGCUACAACAAGAAAUCAGCAGCCAAUGCCCUCCAUAAGGCCCAUGGAGAUUUAGAUGAAGCGUAUAGGAUUCUGCUGGUGUGUGAAGCCAGCAGCUCUAGGAUCCCUCAGCCAGACACAGACAGACAGACCAAAGUGGAUCAGAUUGUUUCCUUCGGCUUCCAGAGGGAGGAAGUGGAGGUAGCUCUGAGUUUGGUUGAAGAUGAUCAAGCUCAGGCCAUUCAGCUACUCCUGGAUAACCAGGGUAUUAUUCCCGCAGUGCUUCGGCCCCCUUCAGCUCCGUCCUCGGCUCCAUCCUCCUCAUCAGACGAGCCAAGCACUUCCUCAGAGGACUUAACAGCAUGCGGGACGAGCCCACCCGACAGUGAGCUUGUGAACGAGGUUCUGGAAUGCAUCCCCCAACAUGAAGAGGAUUACCUGGAUGUGAAUCUGGAGGAGGAGGCUGAGCUCAUUGCUUUAAUGAGAUCUUAUCUGGAGAAGAGCUCUGCAGUAUCCAUCUGAAGUGCUGCCCCUACGUAUUGUUGUGUGAGGUUAAUUUAGUGUGUGAGGAUAUCUUUAGAGCAGUCAGCCAUUAAUUGGUUUACUUCCCAACUACUUUUUUUUUUCUAUCACAUUAGAUUUGUUUGUUACAGUAAUAACUUAAUUUUAAAGAAAAAGUGCAGUGUUAGUUUAUAUGAAUUGAAACAGGCGAUUUUUACUUUUGCAUGAGGCAUUGCUCUUUACAAUAAAGUCUCUAGUAGUUAUUUUUAGAUUUAUCACUGAUUGAUCAACAAUGCAGGAUAUUUGAGUUUUGUGUCGAAAUAAUUCAUGCUUCUAAACAUGUGUUCAGCAGUCUUUAAUCAUGCAGUGUUCUAUAAACUGUUCAGCUUGGUUCAAUUUUUGUUAAACAUGCAAUAAAUUUAGAUUUGCACUCCUUA